AUGCUCUUUUCUGCCGCAUUGGCUCUGUCUAUGUUCGCGUGUUCCGUUGCCAGACCACAGUUUGAGGAACGCCGGUCGUAUGGUAAUCGCAGCCCUAAGCUCUACGCCCGAGCCGAAGUACAAGGCAAAAAAUUAGGUAUCAGCGCACAUUUUGAGUUUGUCGGUACCACAGAUGGGGAGCCGACCUUCGUAAAGCUCCAGGUUCUUAAGGGCCUGACCAAUGAUCCGACUCUUGGGGGUCCAUUUGCCUACCAUAUACACACCAAUCCCAUUCCUCCUGACGGCGAUUGUACCAAGGCGCUUGCGCACCAUGAUCCCCUUAAUGUCACUGAGGGUCUCAUCUGUGACCCAGCGUUCCCACAGUACUGUCAGACUGGAGAUCUCUCAGGCAAACAUGGCAAGUUGAAUGGCACAACCGACGGUAAAAUCGCAACUUUCGGGUAUAGCGAUGCCUAUGUUCGGUUUUUCCCAGAGACACACUCGCUCUUAGGACGUUCGAUCGUUAUUCAUUCUUCAAAUAAGACGAGGCUCGCAUGCGGUAACAUUACGAGUUUUCUAGAUGGUACCGCGGAUGUGUCUUUCAGGCCUACCUACAGACGCUCGAAAUACGUCAAAGAUUAUCCCACUACUGCACCAAUUCAGCCAUCACCACCAGUGAUUCCAUUUAACGGGACAGUCAUGACCGACCCGGCCAUCAUCGCAACAUUCCCAUAUCCACUACCAGUUCCUGCUCUUUCCCUUGCUGAGGCACUGAACGUCAAGCUCGUGGAUAUCACUCAUUCCGUGAAGUUUGCGAACGUUGAGCAAAGUAUUACCCAACCAAGUGAGAAGAAGGUCGACGGAAGAGGCCCCUUUUCCGGUUGGUGGGAUACGGUUUGGUAG